CUCAAUAUGCAAGAAUCUUGUAAAGAGGGUCAUCAUUUGUGUGAACAAAUAUUGGAUAACGGAUUAUCUAUAAAGAAACUUACUGAAGAACAAACACAGGGCCUUCAGAAUUCAAUUGCCCACACAAGUCAAGAACAAUCUAACUAUAUUAACGAAGUGAUCCAGGAACAGACAGGGGAGUUAACCGGACGUCAGACAGAACAAAAUAGAGAACAGGCAGAAGACUUAAAGGAUUUUUUAACAGAUAUAAUCGAAGAAAAAAGCGCUUCUCUGAACGGAAGUAUCAAGCAAAGUUUGUGCUAUUCAAAGAAAAUCCUGGCGGCUCUUUUCAUCACUCUGAUCUUAAUCAUUGUGUUACUUAUUAAAACCCUAUGGUAGGACACUCUGUUUUCAAAGAAAUUAAGCGCUUGUUUGGACAAUGCCAGACUUACCUAAAACCGUUACUAAUGACAAAAUAUGUUUGCCGUCUGAAAAUGGUAUUCUUCGCUGUGGAAAUGCACCGGAUUUAAUACAUGGAUUUUUAGGGAGGGUUAUUGCCGCAAAGUAUGCCAAGGUGAAACAAGAGGAGGAGAAGCGGCAACAAAAAUAUCUGAACGAAAACCGAGUCCGCCAGAUGGAAAUUUUGGACAAAUAUGUUUGGGAAAUGAAGCCAGCUGCUAAACUAACGGGAAAAGAACAGCCAAAGCAAACUAAAAAGAGUCAUGCAGAUAUGACGUCUGUACGAGUUUGGCGCCAUGGGAGAGAACUCUACGAUACAAGUGGGUUUGAACGUUACGGCGUGCGAUAUAGAAAUGGUCGUUUAGCUGUCCCCGUAUCAGGCACUUACUUCGUAUAUUCUUAUGUGGACUUUUUCGAACCGUGCGUCCCCUCCACCGACAAACCAAAUGUUAAGAAUGCAAGUGUACCAAUAAGUAUGCCUUGCGAUACAAGUGGGUUUGAACGUUACGGCGUGCGAUAUAGAAAUGGUCGUUUAGCUGUCCCCGUAUCAGGCACUUACUUCGUAUAUUCUUAUGUGGACUUUUUCGAACCGUGCGUCCCCUCCACCGACAAACCAAAUGUUAAGAAUGCAAGCGUACCAAUACGUAUGCCUUAUUUAAGUUUAAUAUUUUGGACGCAGACGAGUCUGAAAUAGUUUCAAGCGUUCAGCCGCACAUAAUCUCCAGCAAUCGAUACUUCAAUUCAUACAUUAGUUACGUAUCCACACUUGCUGAAUUAAAAGCAGGAGACGAAAUAUCUGUGAAAGUAUCCAAUAUAACGUAUGGAUAAU